AAAAAAGGCAAAGAAGAAUUGAAAAUAUGAAAGCUAUGAUAUAAUUAUUUAAUGUUAGUGAAGGUUGUCAUAUUCUUGUAUUUAUAGCGGUUUAUACGUUUGUGCAAUUCCUUUUAGGAUUAAAAACACCUAUCAAUAUUUAUUUUUCUAUGUUUUUAAUAUGUAUCUAAGGAUUAGGAUUGUCAACUUAGAUGUUCAAGUCUUUUGUAUCCUUUAAAAAUUAGGAGUUUCAAAGGAGUGUCAAGUGUCCGCGAAUACAUUUUUAUGUAUCCUUUAAGGAUUAGGAGUGUCAAUUUAUAAGGAGUCGAUCUGUAAUGGUUUCCAGAAAGGGCGAUGAGCUUUCAAUUGAUAUUGCGUCUACCGACGACAAAGUGGUGGAUCAUUGUGAUUCGCUUCAGGAGGACUCUGCUGUGGAACUCAACGAUGAUUUUGAUCCGGAUGUACGGAAAGAUGACGAAGGCGUCGAUUCUGAUGAUUACCAAGGCGUCGAUUCUGAUGAUUACCAAGGCGGCGAUUCUGAUGAUUACGAAGGCGACGAUUCUGAUUCGGAUUUAGAUAAUGACGACGAAGGCGGCGAUUCUAGCGACGGCUCCGGUUUGUAUAUAUGUGACGAUGAGGAAUCUUCUGAUUCUGAACCGAAAGAAUGGAAUGAAGUGGAAGGCACCGAAUCGGAUUCGGAUGUACCUAAUUAUGAUUCUGAUAUCAGCAGCGACAGUGGUAUUAUUGAUUUCGAGAACGACCAACAGAGAGAAGAAUAUAUUAUAUACAAACGCCAAUUCAGACAUUCCGAGGGUUUUGACAUCACCGACUUGCCCAGUUUCGGAUUUGUUGGGAUGAUAACUCCGGUGGAUUUUGACUAUCCCGGUUACUUUCUCAAUGGCUGCCGGAAGGGCCUCGAUUUGGCCAUCAACAGAUAUAAUGAACGCCAGAAUGCAGACUUGGAGCUUAUAAAAAUUUUGAAGUCAAAUAAGGUUGCACAUACCAUUUACUUCACAACCUUUGAGGCUAAAAGUAAGACUGAUAAAGAAGGUGAUGCCAAGACUUAUCAGGCUAAGAUGUUUUAUGAUGAUAUCUCCGGGAAAUUUCUGUCUUAUAAAUUUCGACUGAAAAAGCAGUUAAUCCAGCUCCCUGAAAAAGUCAAGUCAAUGCAAGAUUGAUCGAUGUUUCUAGCAUACUAGUUAUAGUUCUAAAACUAAGUCCAACUUUGCUGCUGUAACUUUCAAGCAGAUGCAAACUAUGCUUAUGAUUGUUCCGAUUUCGUUUGCAUUAUGUUUUUAUCUUCCAGGGCUUCAUUAAAGAAAUUGUUGAGGUAUGAGAUGGAAAUGUCCUAUUGUAAUUAAGUUGAUGCGCACUUUACGCCAGUUAAUGAAAAUAGCAGGAGUUGAUGCUAGAACUUGUUGAUA